UUCAAACAUCAAAAUAUCUCAGGAAACAUUUAUAUUUACUUCAGAAUUCCCAAUCUUAAUUCAAAAAAUCCUUAUUUCAAAUCACACAAAAUGUCUCUCGAACUGGUGCCGCAACCCGAACCGGAGAAGAUCUACCUAAUAACCUACGAGAUGAGCGUGCCCAGAGAUUAUGGCAAGGCCCUCCAAUCGAUGGUGGCCCACAAAGCCGCCGAGCUGAAGGUGUGCGGCUACAUCGCGCAUACGCACAGUGGCCGCAAGGUGGGCGGCGAACUGCAGGGCAGUGAGGCUGGCCUCCAGCCGAUGAUCGACUGGCUACGUUCGAAAAGCCAAGGGAAGGAUGUGGGCGACGGGGAGAAGAUCAAAAGCCAGAUGACGGAGCCACGAUUCUCGAAGUGGAAGCUGCAAUCAUUGGGGGCCAAAUACGAUGAUUUUUUCUGCUGCUGAAUGCCGUCGAGAGUUGAGUUGAUUAAAAAUCGCAAAUUGCAUUGGCCCCACAA